AUGGCAAUGGGGCGGGACGGGACGGGAUCUCAUUCAUUAUAUCCAUCUUCGCCCUCAAAAUCACUUUCCACCCCCGCCUAUCCUCCUUCUAUGCCCCAAAGGAGAAUGUGGGAUAUUAAUGCUGUUGGUACUUUGCCAGAUUAUAUGAAACUUCUUUAUACCACGCUCUUGAAUUUUUAUGAUGAACUGGAAGAUGAGGAGAGCAAGGAAGGAAGAUCUUAUUGUGUUUCUUGCAUGAAGGAUACAAUAAAGGACCUGCUGAAAGUCUCCCUUCUUGAGGCUGAAUGGUUCCGUAAAGGCUUUGUCCCGCCAUUUGAGGAACGUUUGAACAGUGAGUUAGCCCCAGCUGGUAGUAUUUCCUUCUAUGCAGCAACUUAUUUUGUUGGAAUGGGAGCUGCAGGGAAUAAAGAAUUUGAAUGGCUGAAGAGCGACCCUAAAAUUGUUAGAGCUGCAUAUAUAAUCGGCCGUCUCCAGUGUGAUAUUGUAUCUCACGAGGAUGAGCAAAAGAGGGGACAUGUUGCCUCUACCGUGGAAUGUUGCAUGAAGGAAUAUGACAUCUCGAAAGAGGAAACAGUUGAAAAGUUUAAGAGAAUUAAGAGUGAUGGAUGGAAGGAUCUGAAUGAGGAGUGCAUGAAGCCAACAGCUGCGUCAUCAAAAGUCCUAAUUACACUUAUCAAUAGUGCGCGCGUAAUAGAAAUUCUCUACAAAGAAAAAGAUGGAGUUACAUGCCCAGAGGCUUUGAAAGAUUACAUCACCAAGCUUAUCAUUCACCCAAUUCCUAUUUAA